CACUGCUGAUUUGACAUUUGAUUGACAACCAUUGAUUUGAUAUUCUUGUGAAUCACAACAAAUUGUAAAAUUAAAUAUUAAUUUGUCUGGUUUACAAACCAAUUAAUUUAUUUUUACAAUUAAGUAAUGAAAUGAACAAUCCUACGAUGAAUUCAGCUACCCCAGGUGUGCCUCAGGUGCCGUUGCUGGACGAUGACACCAUCGCUUUUGGCGAAGAGGACAACGCCAAUAAAGAUUUCAUUCACCCUUACAUAGUAUUCUUCCACUUGGUGUUCCGGAGUGCAGCUGUGGUGGUAUACAUCCUCUGUGGAUGGUUCUCAGACUCGUUCAUCGCUAGCUUUGUGCUGGUGAUCUUGCUGUUGUCUGCUGACUUUUGGACUGUUAAAAACAUUAGUGGUCGAUUACUAGUUGGUCUAAGAUGGUGGAAUUACGUAGAUGACGAUGGAAAGUCACAUUGGGUGUUUGAAGCAAAACAAAAUCGUGUGAAUAGAAACGAGAGUCGCCUGUUCUGGUUGGGCCUGAUAUUGUGCCCACUCAUCUGGUCCGGCUUCUUCAUCAUUUGCCUGUUUGGCUUAAAGUUCAAAUGGAUGCUGCUAGUUCUGAUCGCGCUGACGCUGACCGGCGCGAACCUAUACGGUUACAUUAAGUGCAAGAUUGGCGCCAAGCAGAACAUUGGCACCGCCACCAGCGACUUCGUGCGCAAGCAGCUCCUGCAGAACGCCACCUCCUUCAUGUUCUCGCAGCCGUCGCCUCCCACCACUGGCAACACCGGCGUCGUUUAAUGAUUUAUCGUUAACAAUAUGGAAUAAGUAUUAGAUGAGAAAUUAAAACGAUCCACACAAUGGGCGAUUUUAUAAUUAGAGCUGCGUAUACAGAAAGUGAUUAU